AUGUCUGGCUUGCGAGCUUGCCUCUUUGCCCCAGAGGAGGUAGGAUGCCUCCUUGUGCGUGCUGGCAACCGUUGGAAGCUCUGGAGGGAAAGAGAAGGUGCUGUCGAGCUCUACCACAGUGAUGAGAACGAGACGUACACAGCAGCUUGUUGGGCGUGCCCUGAAAACUUGCAGGCGUGCGUGGUGCUGGGCUGCUCAAGUGGCCGGGUCCAAGCUUGGGAUGCAAGCUCUGCGGAGUUACUUGGCCGUCCUGGUCAGGCAUUUCAUGCUCUGGCCAGUGGCGCGGACUGCAGCGUUACAGCUCUGGCAGCUUCUUCCACGAGAGGGACGGUCUUUGCCGCAUGCUCCGGACUGCCAGACAUUCUUGAGAUUGGACUUGUGGAUGGUGUGACGAGAAGCUCCCUUGCCAGUGGGAAGAGCUCAGUCUCCGGCUUGGCAGUAUCUGGCUUAACGUCAGAAUGGCUUCUGAGCUCUUCCAUCGGGGCUCCUCUAAAGCUGUGGCGACUCCCAGCUGCCGGUGCAAGCUUGUCCAACUUGCACAAGGCGAGCAAGUGCUUGAAGGCCCCAGCAGGCGGCGCUGCCCAUGUGGAUCUUUGCUGCUUCGACGGCUGCCUGAUGGCUUUGGCUUCUGACGGCGCCAUGCAGGUGGACUUCUUCGAUGCAGGCCCGGAAAACCAAGGAGGAGUGGCUCACGGCAAGAGGACGCCCACGAGUUCAACGAGGGUUCUUACCUGCCACGAGCGAGUUAAAGAAGCUCGCUUGGCAAAGGAGAGAGAUGCAGGCGGGCGGCUGGUGGCAGUCGGGCACGGACCUUCAAUCGUUGUAUGCUGGACAUUCGAAACAGGAUCGGACGCGCUUGUCCGAACAGUUGCACCGACUUUCUCAGUUUCGAAGACCGAGCUGGGAAGCACAGUCUUAUGUGCUCGAGGUGCACAGCUCGCCAUGAGAAACACGCGAUCAGAGAGGUUGAUGCUGGUGGUGGCGCAUGGCACCGCUGCUAAACCCUCCUUCGCACAGCCUCGGAUCGAGCCCGGAAGAGACAGCUGGGAAGAGUCUCGUGCACUUGGCUUCUCCAUGCAGAGCAGCAUUUCGUCACCAUUGGUUGGGGAAGCAAAGGGUGUUGGCGCAUCCAUGGCAAUAGCACGCAGCGUCUGCCUCUGCGUCGGAUGCAACCUCUGUUGGUUUGCUUGCGCACUCAGUCCAGAAGCCAAGCAGCCGUGGCAGGGUCCCAUUGCAGUUGCCGCGUUGGCAACGCUUGCCUUUGCGACAUCCCCUUCUCGUCGUCAGCUUCUCUUAGUCAUAGCAUUGUACGUCGUCAUGGGCCUGGUGCUGGAUUUCUGUCAGCACUGCUCCGUGGCCUUCGGGACAAUGUCCUUUUCUACAGAUUCUCCUGCUCUUGGAGUGUUGCCGGUCUGGUUUGUGGCUCUGUGGGCGAACUUCGGCUGUGUAGCUGAGUAUCUGGUAGUCUUCAAGCCCUAUGUUGCAGGUUGUGCCGUUCUGGGGGCGCUGUUUGGCCCAGCUGCAUAUGCUGGUGGCGAGCAUUUCGGAGCGCUUCACAUCACAAGGUUUGGGUUGUUCGCCAUCUCGAUGGAAUGGGCGAUCUCGUUUCCCUUCAUGGUUUACGUGACCCCGCCAAAGACCAAGAAAGGUGCUGCAAUUGUGGAAGCUCUGGCAGCCGCGGGGCAGCCUCGGGCAGAUGUGUGGUCCUCAAGCCAGGCCAAACAACGGGCCGCUGCAACUGUACUUGGUCCAGCAGAAACUGCUCCUCAGAAGAGAACGAAAGCCGAUCAGCAGGCCGUGCAGGACGCUGGGAAGAGGCGAAAAGUGGCUGUUCUUGGAAGUCGUCCGGAGACUGCAGGCAGUAAUAUCUCUCUGGCUCCAGUUCUGCGGCAGGGACUGAGAUCGAAGGAUAGCAGCACGCUUGACAAGACGCUGGUGCUCAAAGAUCGAGACUUGAUGGACACAUCGGUCUCGGAACUUUCGAGCAUUGAAGCCUAUGACCUGAUGCAAGAAUGCGCCAGGCGGCUGAUGGAGAAACCAAUGGAGGGUCAGGUUUAUUGUGCGUGGAUGCAGCGGGUGGUCUAUCACCAUGGUACUUUCAUUCGUUCCUACCCUGCGCUCCGAGAUGCUCUCCGGCCGCUUCACGAUGCCACGAGUUCCAGAUGUGCCUCUUACAGAACCUUGAUGUACAUGCAUGGUCGACUUCACGGCCUGGUAUCCAGGGGGAAUGAGGUCCUCGAGAGGGAAGCCACGGAGACGGUGGUCAGAGUGCCGCUGUUGGAGUAUGUCGAGGGUGAUGAGGAUCUGGAAGAGCAGAAACAGGAGGACGAUCUUGGAGAGUUGGAUGAGGACGACGAUGACGACGAGGACAUCGAUCUCAACGCAGAUGAUUGGUUAGACAGUGACUAG